UAAGAUGCAUUGCAUUGUUGGAAACCAUAGAAUUACUAUAAAAAGGAAGACAAGCCAAACAACUCUUCGUCAUAGGUACAUUUAACGCUAAGCCAAUUUUCUUUUAGUUUCCUUAUUUCAAGUGAGAUGGAAAUGGAUGCCUCUAGUCUUAUUUCUCAGACAUGCGACGGUGAAAAUGGUUAUUCUCCAGCUGCCUCCUGUGUCGAGAAGAAGCUUAGAUUGUUUGGCUUUGAGCUUAACCCGAGUAAGAACAAUGACAACUCCCUGAAAAGUUCUGCUGAAGGCGAUGAAAGUGUAAACUCAUCAUCUACCAGGGAGACUCCUACCAAGGAGAAAAGCUCAACAGGAGAGACUGAUGACAAGAAGUUCGAGUGCCAAUACUGCUUCAAGGAAUUCGCAAACUCACAGGCGCUUGGAGGUCAUCAAAAUGCUCACAAGAAAGAGAGGAUGAAGAAGAAAAGGUUGCAGCUUCAAGCCAAGAGAGCCAGCAUCAACUGUUACCUUCAACCUUUCCAAAACAGCCUUGGUUUCAGCUACCAAGGUUCCACUCCAUGGUACUAUGAUUCUUCCUGUUACAGUGCUCCUGAGAUCACUCUUUACGAGGAAUCUCAAAUCAGUUUCAACCAAUACGAGCACGAUGCCCAUCUUAAUGGCUCUCAGCCAUCAAAAUGGUAUGCUCUGCCAUCUCAAAUGAUCCCUUUUCAGCAAGAUUCAUCCAUGUUCACGCUAACACACGCUGACAGAUCGAGGGAAAACAGGCCUGUUGGUCUCAAGCCUUCCGCUUUGCCUUCAUCAAAGCAAAGCUGUAAAUCCUUGGAUCUCCAAUUAGGCCUCAGCUUGCAAUCUACAAUACAGAGUUCCUCUGGAAGUGGUAUAUAGCGCAUAUACAUAAAUCAAGGUAAAGGUAAACAGUGCCAUGUCUUUUUCAAUGAUCAUAUGAAUUCUUUCAACCUCUGAACAAAGCAUACCAAAAUUCAAUACACUCGGGCUGGAGAACUUCAGCAACAGCUACACUGAAACUCAACCUAUAAUUCGAUCACUGAGAGAGUAUACAAUUACGCCGCAACUGUUAUCUCAAUUUCAUGACGGUGAAAUGUCAUACAUACACAUGAUGCUGUAUUUACUCUCGACAGAUGUAAGGAAGCAAAGAGCUAUCUGAUUGCAUAUAGAUGCCUGAUCAUCCUUUUCGGGCUGUCAAUAUUGAGAAAGAACCUGGGAAACCAAGAUUUUCAUUUUGUGCUCAUUGUUGUCUAUUUAUGCACUAUUUUUUGGCUUCAUACCUUUUUUUUUUUUCUUUUGAGAAUUUCAUAGUUAAAAUUGUUCAUCUUUAUCUAUUGACAAAACCCAUCAAAGUAACGUUCAGAUUGCCACUAUAUAUGUAGGCAAAGGCAAGCAA